AAUGACCUCAACUUUGACCCUACUGAUCCUAACACAAAAGCCAAUGAAGAUGCAUAUUAUGGGCAUCUACAUUCUGUCCAUGAUGAAGUUAACAGCACACCUGCUCAAGACACCCUAAAACCACAUCAUGAGUACCACCCAGAUGAUGUAUACCCAGGAGUGGAUGACCCAAACUAUGAUCCUAACAACCCAGAAUCACAAAUCAAAGAAGAUGAAUAUUAUGGACACCCACUCAAAGAUCAUCUGAAAGAUGUGACACCAACAGAUGAACCUUUCACAGACAUACCUGGAAAUAAACCACAUCAUGAGUAUCACCCUAAUGACAUAUUCCCAGGAGUAAAUGACCCAAAGUAUGAUCCAAAUAAUUCUAUUGCUAAGAAAAUGGAAGAUGCAUAUUAUAGCCACCCGGUAGAAAAUCAUUUGAAAGAACUAUCUACAACUUAUAUGCCACCAACAACACAAAACAUGAUCUCUACACCAAUAAAACCUCAUCAUGAAUACCACCCAGAUGAUAGAUUCCCUGGGGUUGAUGACCCUAGAUAUGACCCAUCUGAUCCUUUUAUCAAAAAUGCUGAAGAUGCAUAUUAUGGGCAUCCUUUAGAGGA